GGUUGCUGGGUUACCCGGUGCGGAAGGGCCCGACCCGGCCCGGUCGGAAACAAAGCGGGCGGCGGUGCAGCGGGCCCGGUAUGGCGGCGCGGCGGGCCCGGCUCCGUGUCUGGCUGCUCCUGCAUCUUCUGCCGCAGGUGUACUGCGAGUAUGGGAUGGUACAUGUCCUUUCAGAGAAGGGGAGCAGCAAAGGAAAAGACUACUGUAUCCUCUUCAACUCUCAGUGGGCCCAUUUGCCACAUGAUCUUGGUAAAGCUUCACACUUGCAACUGCAGGAUCAGACAGCAUCUGUUUUGUGUUCCCCUUCUGAUGUACCUGAUGGGGGAUUUAAUAAUCAAAUCCCCAUGGUGAUGCGAGGGAAUUGCACCUUCUAUGAGAAAGUGAGGCUUGCUCAGAUAAAUGGAGCUCGUGGGCUGCUGAUUGUUAGUAGAGAGAGACUGGUUCCUCCUGGGGGUAACAGAAGUCAAUAUGAAGAGAUUGAUAUUCCUGUGGCUCUGCUCAGCUAUACUGAUAUGUUAGAUAUUGGCAAGAGUUUCGGCAGCUCAGUGAAAGGGGCGAUGUAUGCGCCAAAUGAGCCUGUGCUAGACUAUAACAUGGUGAUUAUAUUUGUCAUGGCUGUGGGGACUGUUGCAAUUGGAGGCUACUGGGCAGGAAGCAGAGAUGUGAAAAAGCGGUACAUGAAGCACAAACGUGAUGAUGGGGCAGAGAAACAUGAUGAUGAAACGGUUGAUGUGACUCCAAUAAUGAUCUGUGUAUUUGUAGUGAUGUGCUGCUCAAUGCUGGUCCUCCUUUAUUUCUUCUAUGACCACUUAGUCUACGUUAUCAUAGGAAUAUUCUGCCUGGCUGCCUCAAUUGGUCUUUACAGUUGUCUGUCUCCCUUUGUAAGAAGAUUCCCCUUGGGAAAGUGUAGAAUCCCAGACAACAACUUGCCUUAUUUUCACAAGCGUCCACAGGUCCGGAUGUUGCUAUUGGCAGUGUUUUGUAUCUCUGUCAGCAUAGUCUGGGGAAUCUUCAGAAACGAAGAUCAGUGGGCCUGGGUUCUGCAAGAUGCUUUGGGAAUUGCUUUCUGUCUUUACAUGUUGAAAACAAUUCGUCUGCCUACAUUUAAGGGUUGUACCUUGCUCCUCCUGGUUCUUUUUGUGUAUGAUGUAUUCUUUGUAUUUAUCACACCUUUUCUAACAAAGACUGGGGAGAGUAUAAUGGUGGAGGUGGCUGCAGGCCCAUCUGAUUCUGCCACUCAUGAAAAGCUCCCAAUGGUCCUGAAGGUUCCGCGACUGAACUCCUCACCGUUGGCUCUGUGUGACAGGCCUUUUUCUCUCCUAGGAUUUGGAGACAUUUUAGUUCCAGGCUUACUGGUAGCCUAUUGCCAUAGAUUUGAUAUUCAGGUGCAGUCGUCCAGAGUCUAUUUUGUAGCCUGCACAAUAGCAUAUGGCAUAGGCCUUCUUGUGACCUUUGUUGCCUUGGCACUGAUGCAGAUGGGCCAGCCCGCUCUCCUCUACUUGGUGCCCUGUACUCUUCUCACAAGCUUUGUUGUGGCUCUUUGGAGAAAGGAGCUUGCAAUGUUCUGGACGGGCAGCGGCUUUGCGAAAGACCUACCUCAGCCUCCCUUGGUGAUAGCUCCUGUCAACUGCCCUGAGCUUCCCAAAGAUAGCAAGGUACCAGCCUCUCAACAAGACACAGAGCAAAUGACCAAUCCUACCCUCCAUGUGAAGGAUCUGCAUGGCCCCAUCUCAGCUGCAGAGGAGCUGGCUGAUACCAACGCAAAGACGGACCAGUCAGAAAUUUCUAUUGCACAGAGUGAGGAACCAGCUGGUCAGAAUAAGGGUGACCUUGAAAGCAAAUGCCUAAAUGCAGAGCAAAAACAGCUGGAAUAAACAAUGUGAUAAGAACUCCUUAUUUUCCUUCACAAACAUAUCCAUAUAAAACCAGUAUGUAUUUAGGACUGGUUUAGUAGUGUUUGCAUUCAUUGAGGAACCUCACUGGGAGUCUGAUCAUCAAAUCCAACGACGAAUGUUCUGCCUCCAGCUUCAGUACAGCUAUACACUUCAAACAUCUUUCUGAAAUAUGGUGCUCUACAAGGGUUCUGAUGUAUGGAUUUCAAUGAUCAUUUUAUUAGUGAAUGCCUUUGACCAUUUUCAUUAUACCGGGGUAGUACUAAGAGUUUUUAUUUACACAGUACUCUGUGCUUGUGUGGCUAUUUUGCUGCUUUAGCAUAGUGUAGAUUAACGUGGAGGAAAAGCAUUGAACAAGUCUGCUACAAUGCUUAGUUGAAAGAAACAAGAUAGGUUUUUAGCACUUUCCCUAUUGUCAUCUUUUACUUUACUUUUCCCUACUUGUCAAAGCCAUUGAUAUAAGGGAAUGCUUUAGUAUAAACUGACAUUCAGGAAAUGCAGAGAAUGGUUAAAUUACCAGCCUCUGAAAGGAUUUAUACUACCGUGGUGCAUUAAAUGCAUCUCUUAACUUUUUUUGUCUUUGUUUUUACUUCCAGGUACCUGGGUUGGCUACUAGUCUAGUUUAAAAGGCAGCACGAAUGGAGCUGCAGGAAGCUUUCUAAGCACUUGUAUGAAUUCUAGGGGCUGUCUCUGAAAAUAAACAGUGUUUUUCACAGAACACUGUCUGGAAGCAAAAGCAUAUUAAGAAUGUUUAAUGUUUUAGAAAUAAAAUACAGGCCAAAUAAGUAAGAAAAUAGGUAGUAGCGCUAUACUAAGCUUAAUAGGCAGCAUUGUCACUGGGAAAAUGUUAAAGUAAAGCAGUAAAAGUUCAUAUGUUUGGGGUUUUGGAGCUUCUGCUUGUUAUUUGUUUAAGGAAUACAAUUGCGAUUUCUAAUUCUGAAGAAAAUAAUCUGGUGUUUUCAUUCCCCAGGGAGCACAUAUGGUGCUAUAGUCAGUUACGAUACAAAGCUACUUGCUGCUCAGUAACUAAUCAACUGCCUCAGUCAUGUUUUAUCUCUGUCCCAAGAGUAGCCAAAGCAUGGCCUGUCAGGUUCUGGAAUGAGGCUGCGAUCUAGCCUAUUAUUUUGUACCUCUUGCUACAUGACAUUGUGAAGGACUAAAUUUGAUAAUUUAAAACUUUCUGGGGUGCAGCUGGUCUUACUUUAUAUUCCUGAAAUUGUGCAUUUUCCUGUAUAACAUGAUUGAGUUUUUUAUGCAUCGACUUUAGUACACAUAGAGGGAUGAUGUGAUUUGCAAAUUAUUCCAUCUAAGAACAUUUGGCUUUAUCAAAGGUGUCUGUUCUACACUUCAAUUGCGAUCCCAGAAAGCCUCAAACACUAAAACUGAAAUAGAAAAUGGAAGUAUUCUAGGAUCCUCGAAUGUGAUUCCAAAUUGCAUGGAAGAAAUACUCUUCAGAGUACUGAGAGCCCAAAAGGUCAUUUUCAAAAGUAUCAUCAUAGUGACAUGAUCAGAGACAAUGCUUUUAAAUUAAGAGUCUCCAGUUGGCAUGUUGAGUUGGAUUCUGAAGGGCUCUCUUUUAAUGUCUGUCUGUUAAAUUUCAGCCAUUGUCUUUUUGGCUAGGUCUUUAAAAAGCUUGCCCUCUGCUUUUUUGGAUGAUAACUUCUGUUUUUUUUCUCUGUUUCACAUUGGGUGGAUAUUAUUCUUUCUCUAGAAUGUAAAAGGCUUUCUGUAAAACCACACUAUGGCUUCAGAGUUUUACCAGCUUCAGCUUAAAGCCUCACACCCUGACUGCUAAGUUGAUUUAAUGGUGAGUUUCUUGAAAGGUUUCCUGAGUCCAAAGGCCUGCGCUACAUUUAAUUUACAAACCACCUUAAUGGAAGAUAGUACUACUAAAGAGAUCUGUUUUUCAAUCAUCUCUUUAAUGGACUAUGCUACUUUUGCCAGCAGUAAUCUGAACCAAUUAUUACUAAUGAAAAGCAACAGAGACAUUUUACUGAAAACUUCAGCCAGCUGGAUUAUGCCUUAAUUUAAGCCAUUGUAUAAGUAUGUAUAUUAAAUUAAGAAAACAAUCUUGUGUUUAAAUAAUGAACUUGACAAAUAGCAAGAAAACAAGUUUGGAGAAUGACUCAAAGUUCUAUUGUUUUUUUGCCUUGAUUGACUUUCAGUCAUAUUGUUAUUUGGAAUAGCUUUUUAUAUACUUAAAAGCCAGUAGCUUUCUGAUGAUGAAGCAUUAUCAUCUACUUGGAAGCAUAUUUUAACAUUUGUUCUCAUAUGUCGUGGGUUAGGAAACAGUUUAGUUCUCAAAUUGUUUAUAACUCAAUUAAAAUGGAAGAAUUCGUAACGCUUGUAGGCAUUUAACAGUUGCUUUGUUCACAUUACAUUCUAGGUAAGUCUGGUUGGAGCACGUGCUUCACCUUGUGUUUCUGGGGGGGUUUUAAGUGUGAUUUGAUUUUAUUUUUUUAAAACUACAAAGAUCACUGCGGGGGAAAAACCAAUAGCUACUUAAUGCAAUAUCUCCAGUUAAAGUAUGUAAACUGGCAGUGGGUUAUGUACUUUGACUAUUCCAGUACUGUACAAAUGAGGUGACUCUGGUGCAUCAGUUCGGCUGCGACUGUUCAGACCCUGAUCCUGGGCAGUUCAACCACUUCCAUCAAAAACCAAGGCUGUGCUUUUUUUUGUCUUUCCAAAACUUCCCUGACCAGCUUAAUGUAAAACUUUUCUAUAGGAAAAUGUGAAGAUGUGUUCAGUGUAGCUGACUGAUUUUAUUUGAUGAUUGCAGAUAUACAUCCUACACCCAACUUGAGUUAAAAUGCUCAAAGUAAUGAAAGUAAUGUUAAAAGUGAAGUUGAUGUGCUUUUUGUUUGUUUCUGAAAACUUGUAUGUGUUCAGGGCAAGCAUUUGUUUUAGUCAAAAAAAAAAAAAAAAAAAAAACCCCAACCCAAAAAAACCCACUUAAAAAUAAAAAAACCACCAAAAACCUCUUUGGAUCACAGUAGCGAGGAUCAGAUUCUUUCCUGGAUUAGAAAUUACUAAAUAUCAGUGUGUUUGACCAAGUGUUUCUUUUUGAUUCUGUCCUCCUGAAGGGUUGCACAAAUGCAGCUGAAAGUAGAAUGCAACCUGAAAGACUUUAUGAAGGGUUACAAGUAAGGGAGAAAUAUCCCAAACCCUCUUUUAAUUUUGGGUUGGGUUGUGUUGGGGUUUUUGUCACAAAUGAAAAGCAUUUUAAGUAUAUAAAAAAGAAACAGAAAAAAAUAUAUUGAAAAAUAUAUUCUGGUUUUACUAGCGGCAGUAAAAAAGAGCACAUCCACAACUGUAAGAAUUACACUUGUGAAAAUAUAUAAUAUUUUCUCUAAACUUGGACAAAUGCCAGAAGACAGAAAAAUCUGCAGCACAGUGUAUUUUCCAGUAGGCUUAUUAACAUGUCUAAUAGCUUAAUUUAGAAAACUGUUGGUUUCAUUUUUUUUUCCUCCCUCUUUUAUAUUAACCAUACCGAAUUUCUUGAACUCUUCAUGUGAUAUCUUGAUCUCAGAUAAUCAGUCAAGCUUUUCCUUCAGAAGCUGCUCUUUCCUCACGGUAGCCCUCAGUAUGUCUCUUGUCAAGAAUGCCUUGCAAGUCUUGAUAGCGUUUUUCAGACAUGCGCGUUUCUGUGUUUCAGAUUUGGUUUUUGCAUCCUGAUGCGUUGCUCAGACUGAGAACAUACCGUGACUGUAACGGUAGUGCCUGUAGACUUCUGAGUCUGCUGGGAAAUAGCACUGACUGUGGAGCCAGAAAGAAACCAGCUAGUAAGCAGUACUGAAAUAAUACUUGGAGAAGCUCAAAUUUAAUGAAUUAAUAUGCCGUUUGGGAGAUGCUGUGUGUUUACCUGCAGCACUUACCUUGUUCUCUAGUAUCUGAUGGGCAACAGAAUGCUUAGAAAAUUUAAGGGUAGUUUUCUACUUAACUACAAACCAUGUUCUCCUACAGAUUCUUGCUUCGAAAGCUCUUUUAAAACGCAAUACUUGGGUCCACGUAUGCUCAGUGUCUCCUGGAUAUUUCACCAUACAGUUUGCAGAACUUUUCCUGGCUAGGCAAUUAAAAAACAAAAAAGGCAAAAAUAAAUUAAAAAAAAAAAAGCCUCUAUUGGGUGUUUGGUAACAGUGUUGCCUUGAAGUAAAUGCUGAUAUGGAGCUAUUUUAGUGCAAGAUCCUGCAGUUUUGUUCUUGUCUGUCUUCUCUUCGGCCCCAUGGUUGGGUAGUGCAUGUAUUUCUGGUUUCUUGCACUACACUGGCUGUACAGAGUGUAAAGCCCUGUAAUAAUUCUUUUUAAUGGAAGCUUUGUUGAUUAUAAAGUAACAAACCAGAGCAUUUCGUAUGUGCUUUCAUCAUUUAGCUUGUUGUUUGUAGUACGUUCAUAGGUAAAUAAGCUGGCUAAGCAGUAAUGUGCAACUAGUGUAUAUUAACAGUGACACGCCUCACGUUGACACAAGUGUUUGAAAUAUAGACAUACCAGCAGAUCCAAUUAUUUGCCCAAAGCCUGCAGAGAGGGUGCCUUUUUCCAUGACAGGUAUAAAUGCUGAUGUUUUGCAAUAAAAUCUGUGGAAGGGCUGUGUCCUCACGAAAGUGAGGACAUUAUUAUUAUUAAGAGAGUCCAGAAGAGAACCGGAACUAUGAUCAGAGGUCCAGAAAACAUCAGCAACAAGGGAAGAUUACUCUUUAGGUACUUUAGAGUAUGAUUUCCCUGCUAGCUGGCAGGAUGUGAAGCGCACAGUCGCACUAACAAAUUCUUUGGCUUUUCAGUUUAGGCACUAUGCCAGUGGUGCAAGGCAGGACGGAGAGGGAAAGGAUAAGAAAAAAGUGAAGGUGGCUCAGAAAGCGUGAGGAGACACUGAAAAAGAAUGGCAAUGGAAGAGUUUGUUCCAGAGAGCUCCAAAACUACUACUACAAAGAGAAGACUUAAGGGCACGCAUGGUAAAUAUCCAAAAAUCUGAAAUGCUACUGCAAAUUGGAAAAACAAAUUAUUUUUUUCUCUUUCAAGUAGGGAUGGUAUUAGAAUGAAUAGAUUUAAACAACAGUAGGAGAAUUUUGGGGCAGCUGGUAGAAAAAUCCGUAAGAAUGGCUCACAAGUGGUUAGCCACGGGAAGCGUACGAAACCUCUGUGGGGAAGGGCUGUUUACAAUGCACGCUGUUGCUGAGCUCGUCCUCUUCUGAGAGUAAAGAAUUUAACCACGUAGACAAGAGCCGUGUCGUGCCACUUGCAGUAGGGGCCAGCGCACAAGCCCUGGGCCCCUUUAGUCCAGGCGUAGUCCGAGGGUCGGGCUUUGUGUCGUUCAGUGCUAUCGUCGCAUGACCUUUAUCAUACGGCAAUCAGUUUAUAACUUAGGAGUGCUGUGAUGGAGUUUGGCAAACGUUGUGCCUGACAAUUCAGAUCUUAUAUUGCAAAGACUUUUGCUAAUUUAAAGAUGAUAAAAUCAUCUGGAAAGAAACCACAUCAAAGCUGCAGUGCUCCUUCUACUGAGAUAAGAACUGUCUUUUUUUAAAUGUAUGAUUAAUUUGUUGAAUAGUAUUGUAUGUUUCUGCUACCCUGGAACACUUUCAGAACAGGACAGCCUUGUGUGUUACCAGAAGCUUCCUUUGGCACUGGCACAAGAGAAUUGUCUCUUCACUGGUCCUCUGUCUUCUACAUUUAUCAGUUAUAUGCUCUUCUGUGAGUGUUUCACCUUUGCCUCUUCCAGUUUUGCAGGUAAAUAUUCAAAUUAUGUGGAGUAAAGAUGAGGUUUUGCAUCUGUAGAUUAGUGAUAGGUUAUAUAUCAUGUGCUUAAAUUGGAUUUUCUUGAAUUGGGAACUAGUAUAUUGUCCAGUCAUCUAUAGUUUCAGGAACUAUUAGAGGACUUCAUGUGAUAGAGCGACUCAGUUUUGUUUCUGUUUUCCUAGCAGCUGCUGGGAAUAUUGCAUCUCUUGGUCCUGUUGUUGAUCUGCUGGUAGCCAAGGGUUAAAAGUGCGUGUGGUCCUGGGAUAAUUUGGAGCCAUCUUCCUUAGCUGAAGGCAGCAUGACAGUUUAUCAGGUUCCUUACAAUACCUCCCUGCAUGUUAGUAUGCAAGUUUGGCUCCAGACGGCAAAUUUCAUCCACGUGUUUAUUUCUGAGAAAUCUUUGAGAUGAUCUGCAGGCUAGAAAUUCUUGGUUGAAAACCGCUUACUGCUGUCCCACGUGCACUGGAUGUUGUGGACUUUCUUCGGGCGUUUAAUGUAAACAUUAGUUAAAAAUAUGUGGAGACAUGGUCUCAAAGUGAACAAGUUCAUCAUAGCUUCUUUGAAAAUUAGUGACUUGAGCUGGUAGGAUGCCCUGCAGUAGCAGAAAAACACCACCUAAUAGUCAAGUACUGCUGAAAGAUUUCCAGUAUUGAGAGCGUGGUGCUCUAUGAGCAGCAGCACCCUGUUCAGUCCGUGCAGUUCGUUCAGCGGUGCUGCCAGGAGAACAGCCCUUCAGCGUUGGGUGGUAUGCAAGAGUCAUAGCUGAUCUUGUUUCCAAUACAAUAACCUUUUCCUUAAGUCAGAAGUUUGCAAAGGAUAGAAACAGCCCUUUUCAUCUUAAAGGUGUAGCUGUAGUCAGGAAAAUGCCAUAAAUCUCCCGCUUUUCCAUUGUGGAUCCGAGCUUUAAAUGGCUGGGACGGUAGGAAGCUGGUGAGGUCUUGGAGGAGCACAAUCGUUGACCUGCAUUUUCCACAGCCCAGGAGGUGGUUGGGGUUUUUUAUUCUGCUCUGACUGAAGUUGUUCUAGUUCACAUUGAACAAAAACUUCAAAACUGGUUCAGGUUUAGUUUGACUGGGGCAGGGGGAACCAAAAACAACCAACCAAAAAAACCCCACAGUGAUGCAGUUCAGUCUGGUUUGGGUCAGAAUCUGGGUUUUUUUCAUAGUUCACAGCGGAGACUUCAAAAGAGCAUGUCACAGAUGUUACCACAGACUAACACGGCAGCAAGCCCGCAUGGGGAGGGAGCCUUACCUCUCUGUAACGGCCAGUUAAUGGCAACAGUCUGCGCGUGCUGGUGUGAACGUCUAUUGCCUGUUUGUCUUCAACUCAUGCUUUGUCACUUGUCCUCUCUAACAACCUUUUGAUUCUCAAACUUUCAUAGAGCCAGCACAGGCUGUGCGAGAGCAAGAAGAAAUCUGUUUCGUAUUAAGCUCCUAGUGCUGUCUGAAAGCGUGCAACUGGGAAUUGGUCACCGUAGCCCAGCCUGAUGCCUGGAUCACGUUGCAUUCAUCAUGGGAGGGGGUCACAUUUUAACACUAAAAAUUAAUCUUUUUGAUCCUAGAGGUCACUGUCAGUAAGCACGAGCUCCAGUACUCUCAGCCUAGCAAUAUAUGAAAGCAAAACCUAACUGUUUAAAGAAAAAUACGGAUUUACAGCCCUAACAAUGGAUGGUCUGCUCAGUAUUUUUAACCAUGUUCCUUCAGAUUCUCCAUCCAGCCCAGCUCUGGAGGAACUGGGGCUCUAGUAACAUCCUAGCAGCGCGCAAGUCCUGUUUGAACGAUGCUAGUGUUACUUUACUAAAACUGAAUUGGUGAUGCUUUGUACAUGGAACAGAUGGGAGGCUGGAGGCAAAAAUUUAGAGUGGUAUAAAGAGGAUUUAUGAGAUGAGAGCAAGAUACCUAUUUGCUUAAUGCUAGUUUCUUGGAUGCUUGAUAGUAGCUGCUUUUAGUGAGGAAGUUUAUUCUUGGGGGGUAACAUUAUAAGUAGAACAGUUUUAAAUGUCUGAUGUCUUUGUGGAAGGACUUUGUAAUAAUGUUCAAAUAAUAGUAUAUAGCCUAGUGUUACGAAGAGUGCAAAUUCUAAAGGUUGUUAAUUUUAGCACUUGCGAAUGCAUACGUUUAACUGCACAUGUACGCAUGAGGAUUAAACUUUUUAAGCUCGUUUCAUACGGUGCUGAGGGAAGGAUUGUUUUGUGAUCAAAAACCUAUGAUAUAUUUUUGGUAUUUUAAGAUCCUCUAUGCAGUUUGGCCCCUUAAUUACAAAUAAAUAAAUAAAGACACAAAAAAGCUGCCCCCCCCCC